UGAUCAAUGAUGUGAUGGAAGAGAUGAGUGAAGAGAUCCAAAGAUUGCGCAAAGAGUUAUCAAUUGAGAGACAAUUGAAUGUCAAACUCACUGAAGAGGUGAACAAACUUAGGGAUCAAAUGACUGACAGUCGCGGCGAUCGGUCGACAAUGGGGUCAACAGUCGGCACACAUGUGACCGGCGAUAGCGUCGGCAAUAAACUGAUGGUUAGGUUUAAAUGUUUGGCCGAAGAAUGCGAUCACAGAUUUAUGUCGAAGACAUCACUCAUUGAACACAUGAUUAAUGGACACCAAAUGGAAGACAUCUAUGAAUGCGAAGAAUGCGAUGACUUGUGUCUCAGCGAAGAGGCACUCAUUGGACACAAACAUCGGGCGCACACUUCGGCCACAGUUGUGUCCACUCGUGAGACCAGCGAUGGAUUGGCCACAGAGUCCUCUCUUCAGCGACACAUUCACGAGACAAACGCUUUGAAUGGUAUUCAGAUUUUUGAGACCGAAAACGAUGCCGAAGAACAGGUCUCAGAAUCUAACGGAUCCACGAGUUCUUCAUAUGAAGUUAUCAUAGAUUCAGACAAUAGUGACGACAAUGACAGCGAUUAUAUGGACGCAAUCGAUGACCAAUCGGGAGGUUUUAGAUGCGAUUACAACGACUGCCAUAAAGUGUUCACCGAAUCGAAAGCAUACCGAAGACACCGAUUGACACAUCUGGCGGACAAAUCACUGAAAUGUCCGCUCAAUGACUGCGACUAUCGCUGCGACCGUCGGUUUCAAUUGCGGGAACACAUGAAUGAAAGACACGAAGGCGUCGAUCAGUUUCCCUGUCCUCACGACGUCUGCGGAGAGCUGUUCCUCACCGCCGAUGCUCUCAAACUACACAUCGAUAGCGAUAUUCACCGUCCGAUCGUUGGCCAGUCGUCCAGCAAACGUGUGUUUAAAUGCGAUUUCAUUGGCUGUGAGCUAACAUUCAAACGCAAAGAUGGUCUGAAUCGGCACCGAUUCAUACACACCGGGAAGCCAUUGAAAUGUCCGUACGAUGGCUGCGACUACCGGUGCGUUAAAACCCAUGACCUAACCAUUCACACGAACCGACAUCUGGGUCUUCGGCCGUUCGCCUGCGCUGUCGACGAGUGCGGCAAAACUUUCGUCUCCAAAAGCCAUUUCAAACGACACCAAUUGGUCCAUUCAAAUGAGCGGCCCUUCCGGUGCCCGCACUGUCACAAGCGGUUCAAAACGCGAUCCCAUUUAGUGCGCCAUCAGCUGGAAGUACACGACAAGUCUGGCCAUAAA